AUGGCGUCCUCCGCUGUCCGGCUCACAGCACGCUGGUUAGCGGCGUCGGGCUCUUCUGGGCGCCGUAGCGGCUGUUUUCUCGUCGUCUCUCACGGACAUGGAGGAGCUUGUCAGGCGGCGGUCCCGCAGACACACCGGGGAGGCACGGCGGCCGGCCUGAGCUCCUGGACUCGCGGAAAUGUCGUGACAUUGAGAGGACUGGCAGGGGUGAGAUGUCCCCGUGGCAUCACCUGCCAUGCUUUCCACUCCAGCAGCAGACUGGCGAACAAGCAGGACUUCUAUGAAGUCUUGGGUGUCUCUCGCACUGCCUCACAGAAGGAUAUCAAGAAGGCUUACUAUCAGCUGGCAAAGAAGUAUCACCCAGACACCAACCCGGAUGACCCAGAGGCCAAAGAGAAGUUUGCCAAGCUGGCUGAAGCCUAUGAGGUGCUGAGUGACGAGGUGAAGAAGAGACAGUAUGACGCGUAUGGAGCAGCAGGCUAUGACGCGAGCCGAGCUGGGGCUGGCCAGCAGCAGUACUACAGGGCUGGGGCGAGCAACAUAGACCCAGAAGAGCUGUUCAGGAAGAUUUUUGGAGAGUUUACAGGAGGCAUGGGCUUUCAAGACAUCCACAGCAUGUUUGACAACCGGCCCGAGUUUGUGAUGGAACUUACAUUUUCCGAGGCAGCAAAAGGAGCCAAUAAGGAGCUGACUGUGAACGUUGAAGACAACUGUCCAAGGUGUCACGGGAAGGGCAGCGAGCCGGGAACCAAGGUGUCUCAGUGUCACUACUGCAACGGCUCAGGCGUGGAGUCGAUCAGCACGGGUCCUUUCAUGAUGCGCACCACGUGUCGGCGCUGUGGUGGGACAGGAUUGAUCAUAACCACGCCCUGCGCUCUGUGCAAAGGUUCAGGCCAGACCAAGAAGAGGCAGACGGUCACUGUACCUGUACCUGCUGGAGUGGAAAAUGGUCAGACUGUACGCAUGGCAGUAGGGUCAAAAGAAAUCCUCAUUACAUUCAGGGUCCAAAGGAGCCCAGUGUUCAGACGUAAUGGAGCAGACAUCCACUCUGAUGUGUUCAUCUCCGUAGCCCAGGCCAUCCUGGGAGGCACAGCCACAGGACAGGGCCUCCAUGAAACCAUCAGCAUGGUGAUUCCCUCCAGCUGCCAGCCUGAUCAGGUGAUCCGACUUCAGGGCAAAGGCAUUCGGAGGAUGAACAGUUUCGGCUACGGAGAUCAUUAUGUUCACAUCAAGAUCAGGGUGCCAAAGAAGUUAACUCCAAGGCAGCGCUUUCUGCUGCAGAGCUAUGCAGAGGAGGAGACGGAUGUUCAGGGGACCGUCAACGGUGUCGAUCCUUCAGCAGGAGGGGGCAGCAGGACUUCAAGCUCUGGUGCAAAGUCGACCAGCUCAGACGAGGGACAGGACAAGCAGCCGGAGCAGCAGAAGGAGGAGGAAGGCUUCCUUUCCAAACUAAAGAAAAUGUUUAGCUGACACUCAGACCACAGGUAAAAAUUGAACACGGCAAAGAAGAAAAGAAGUCCACUGACCGGACCUUUGUGCCGUCUCCUGCUGCUUGGGAAGUCGAGCAAGGAGGAGGAAGAGGGAGGAAGAGUGGUAUUUGUGUUGACACAGUCACACGUUGUUGAAACUGCGGUUGGCAAACAGGCCACAUAGACGCCAGCUCCACCCACACACACACACACACACCCCGACUCAUCAGCACAGACAGGUGCUGGGCUGAGAAACUCAAGAUCUGCUUGAAAAGAAAGGAGACGCCGACCGCUGCACACUGUUGUGGUACAACUGUCCUCCCUGCUUACUGUGUUUAGAAGUGCCCACUGAGGCAGCUCUGCACUCACACUGACUCUCCAUCAAAUUUUGACUGAGCUUUUGAAAUGGCAGACAAAAAUGUAAAAGUUAAGAAAGCAAAGCAAGCGAUUAAACUGGAGAAAGCCAUUUGAUUUAGCUGUAUGAAGUAAAAGAUACUGACCGUUAAAUAGUUUGAUCUGAGAGUCUUUUUUUAUGUGUCCCACAGUUUUGUAAUGAGGUCCUACAAACACAAAUGAAACGUCUUGGGGAAAGUUUCUGUGUAAUUUGGUAAUAAUUAUAGCAGGAAGACAGAUAUUUUUCAUUUCAUACAUUUGGAAUUAAUACAUUACAAUGAUUUGAGCUCCAGA